CUGCUUCUCUCUCUCUUUCAACACAAAACACAAAUGGCGAUUCGUGUACCCUUCUAGACUCAACGCCACAGCAACACUUGCAGGUACAAAUUUUGGGUCAUUCACUUGAAGUGGUUUGAAAUACUUCUGAGAUAGUUUCUUCAACAUAUAGGCAAGGAGUCAAGCACCUCCCUAGCAGAAAGAUUAAAAAAGAAAUUAACAGUUCCAAGAAGUACGCAGUUCUAGAUAUUUUUCUGAUUUAUCUAGUGAAUGUGCAAGCUACUCAGGUGUAUCUUGAAACUUAUCCUACUCUAAAGAGGACAACAGAUGAAUGGUUAGCUGUUUGUAAUAUAAAGGCACGAUCUGUUGUGGAGAUUUCAAAAAAAGCAGAACAACCUAUUGAUUCAGCUUUUCAAGAGGAUGUCAUUCAAGUGUAUGCAAUUGAUAUUUCUGUAGAUGAAACUCCCCAUGCAUUGAAUGAUCCUGAUGGUUUGCUCAUUGACAUGGAGGAGGAGGAGGAGGAGGAGGAGGAGGAGGAGGACGAGGACGAGGACGAGGACGAGGACGAGGAGGGGGAUGAUGAAGAAAGUGAAUAAACUAAAUGUUACUUGAAGUGGUAAAAGUUUAUGUUUUUGAAUGGAUCUAAUUUGAAUUAUCUCUUAGAACCAGUAAGGAGGAAAGUACUUUUUGAGUGAAUUUGGUUAUGUCCUUAUAUUUUGUAAUUUUUGUUGUACAUCUUAUCUCUUGUGUCCACAAAAUGAAUUGAUGUAAUUGAAAGCUAGUACUUAAUCUUAUAAUGAUCUUUGUUGCUUCAGUUAUAAGUUGUACAUCAUAUCUUUUGUAUACACAAAAUGAACUGAUAUAAUGUAAAAGCUAAUACUUUAUCUUAUAAGGAACAUUGUUGCUUCAGUUAUUAAGAUUUAUUAUGUUAAGAGUUAUUUCAUGAGCUAUUUUGUAUGUAUUCAAAGCUGUGAUCCAUUGCUAAUUAAUAAACUUUUAAGAAUAUGAGUGACUCGCCAUCAUCAGUUCCUCGUACUCCUAGUACUCCUGGAACUCCAGAUAUCUCUGUUGGAUCUACUACCGGCUCAUGUCCAUCUAGUCGGUUGGCCAUCUCAGUUGUGGGAGAAAAGUUCGUUCCUAAUGGUCAUUCUAUCUCAAAGACCAUCACUGAUACCUUCAUGGAGCGGCAAGAUGCUACUGGUUACACAUGGAAGGUUGUCUGCCAAUCCACUCGUGACUUCUAUUGGCAUGAAUUUAUGAAAUUAUAUCACUGGAGUUCUGCUGAGGAUGCCAUAAUCAAACAUACUUGGAAAAAAGUGGCAUCUACCUUGUACACUAAAAAGCUGCACAAGUGGCGAAAUUUUACAACCAGACCUACUUUUAUUAAAGAGCAUAUAUGGGAAAGCUGGCAGGCACACUGGUCAUCGAAAAAGUGGCUUGAAAAAUCUCGUGUCGCCAUUCAAAAUCGGUGUAGCGAGACUGGUGGUCCAGGCACUGGUCCAAGCAAGCAUACCGGUGGUUCUAGGUCUACAGUGGAGCAUACUAUAAAAUUGGCAAUAGAAUUACAUCGUCCAACAAAUUCAUGGGAUAUAUUUAAGAAGCUGCAUAAAAGAAAGGAUGGGAACUUUGUGGAUACCAAGUCUAAGACUGUUGGUGAUAAAAUGGAAGUUGCGAUGGCUGCUGCUAUUUCGAGCUUAUCCGAUGAUUCACAAGAAGUUCAAAAUGCCGAUAUAAAUCGCCUAUACUUGGAUGUUGUCGGCGGAGAGAAGAAAAGACGUGUGUAUGGAUUGGGCUCUCAAGCUGCGACUUUGUAUCAAGGCUACAAUUCUGCCACUUCACGCCAUUUGCCUGUAGUACCAGAUCCCGCUGCUGAAGAGCGCAUCAAAGUGCUUGAGGAGGAGGUGUUGCGUAUGAGAGAAACACAAGAGAGGAUUCUUCAAGAGCGCGUGGAGGCAGAGGUGCAACAACGCGUAGACCAAGAGGUCUCGCGUUUGAAUCAACAGAAUGAUGAUCGAUUGCGGUCUAUGGAGGAGCAAUGGAUGCGCAAGAUGAGCGAGAUGGCAUUAUCAUCUCACCCAUCUGGUGUUCCUACUCCCUUUAACAGGGACUAA